GGUGCAGGAGGCAACCAAUCGAUGUGUUGCUCUCACAUCGAUGUUUCUCUCUGUCUCUCCCCCUCCCUUCCACUCUCCCUAAGAAUCAAUGGGAAAAUGUCCUCGGGUGAGGAUUUAAAAAUAAAAGAGCUUUGGGAGCUAAGGUUCGAAGGCCAGUGGUUGUGGGGGGCUCGGAAGGACAGCCAGGCCACUGCAAGGCUGUGGGCAGCGAGGCCCCGCUCGAACCCGCAGGGGUUUCUGCUCCCCUGCCCGGGCGCCCCAUUAGCCCCUCCUCAGCAGCCAAUGGGCUGGGGCGCCCGGAGCAGGCCCCACAGCCUAGUUCCUGUUUUCAAACGGGGAACUUAGCAAAGUCACGGCCCGGAGCCCGAAUGCAGAGCUGAAGGGGGCCCCAUGACACCCCUCCCGGACCCCUGGACACCCACGGGGCCAGAAGCCGCAGGUCAGAGCCCGGAGCAUGGCAAGUGCCCCGCGCCCCGGGAGCCCCGGAUGGGCAGGACUCAUGGAAGCGCCCGCCGCCGGCCCUGGCCUCCCGCCUCCAGGACCUGAAGGGGACUCGGACGCGGCCGGCAGCCCGAGUGCCCACUCCAGCAUGACCACGCGGGAGCUGCAGGAGUACUGGCGGGGCGAGAAGGGCAGCUGGAAGCCCGUGAAGCUGCUCUUCGAGAUCUCCUCGGCCCGCAUCGAGGAGGAGAGGCUGUCCAGGUUUGUGAUGUACCAAAUCGUGGUCAUCCAGACGGGCAGCUUCGACAGCACCAAGGCCGUCCUGGAGCGGCGCUACUCGGACUUCCAGACGCUGCAGCGCGGCCUGGCGCGGGCGUUCCCGGAGGAGAUCGAGGACGUGGCCUUCCCCAAGAAGCAGCUGCUGGGGAACCUGGCGCCCGGGCUGAUCGCGGCGCGCACGCGGGCCUUCCGCGACUACCUGCGCCAGCUGCACGCCAUCCGCUGCGUGCGCCGCUCGCGCGAGUUCAUCGACUUCCUGACGCGGCCCGAGCUGCGCGAGGCCUUCGGCUGCCUGCGCGCCGGCCAGUACGAGCGGGCGCUGGAGCUGCUGGGCCGCGCGCUGCCGCUGCAGGAGAAGCUCACCGGCCACUGCCCGGCCGCCGUGGUGCCCGCCCUGUGCGCCGCGCUCGUGUGCCACCGGGAGCUCGAGCGCCCCCUGGAGGCCUUCGCGGCGGGCGAGCGGGCGCUGGAGCGGCUGCGGGCGCGGGAGGGCCACCGCUACUACGCGCCGCUGCUGGACGCCAUGGUGCGCCUGGCCUACGCGCUGGGCAAGGACUUCGUGUCGCUGCAGGAGCGGCUGGAGGCCAGCCAGCUGCGCAAGCCCGGCCCGCGGGGCCUCACCCUCAAGGAGCUGGCCGUCCGCGAGUAUCUGGGCUGAGCCGCGAGCUGCAGACCUGGGAUCGCCAUGGCUCUGCGGGCUGCUGGGGCGCCUCUUGGAUGGAAUAGCCACGUGGGGCCACUUGUCGUCCUCCACUUCCCCAGCUGUGUCCAGCUGAGCCCCCCUCCCCCCUCCGGAAUCCUUGGAGCCUCUGCUGUGUCCUGUGUCCCUUAGAUGCCUGGCUCACUUGAUCUCAAAACCACAAACCCAGCCCCGGGGCCGCGUGGCUCAGUGAUGGAGCGUCAACCUGUGAACCCGGGAGGUUAGGGUUCGAUUCCCAAUCAGGGCACAGGCCCAGGUUGCAGGCUCGAUCCCCAGUAGGGGGCGUGCAGGAGGCAGCCGACCCAUGAUUCUCUCUCAUCCUGGAUGUUUCUGUCUCUCCCUCUCCCUUCCUCUCUGUAAUCAAUAAAAAUAUAUUUUUUAAAA